GGUAGCCUUACGUUCGUUUAUUGCCAAUGUUAUAGAUGGAACUUUCACAUAACUAUGAGAUAAUUAUUGAUAUUUUCCCAAUAUCAAUAUGGAAGCGUUAGCUGCGUUUGGCCUGGCCGCUAAUAUUGCGCAGUUCGUUGUUAUCGCCGGACAAACCAUUGAGAAAACCGUAUAUCUUUCAACUAAGCAACAGAGUUUGUUGGCUGAAAAUGCAGACCUUGAAAAGAUAGUCCAGGAGUUCAUCGGCGCGGUUCCGAUGAUACAGCGAUUAGACUCAAAUAUUCUUGGAAGUGACCCUAAACUCAAGAUGCUAGCAGAGGAUGGCAAACGCAUAGCAGACGAGAUCCAGCAAAAGUUUGACAAUAUUAAGGCUCGAAGAGCUAAACGGAGACGCACUGAACGUCUAUUUACGACCUUAAAGGAGUUAAGAAUGAAAGACGAACUGGAUUCAUUAAGCAGCCGACUCGCGGCUUUUCGAAGCGAGAUUACGCUACAUAUUAGCUUAAAACUCUUGGAUCAUCAAGAGCAAAUAAGGCAGAACUUGAAUGGAUAUACUGAAAGCAACCAUGCUUAUAAAAAUCGCAUCGAAGCCCAAUUAGGAGAGCUCACUGAGAAGAUAGACAGUCUCACGUUUACCGAAUCCCUUGAUGAAGGGGACGAGAGAGUCUGGAGAGGUACCUCGAAGCAGCUCGGAGAGCUUGUAAGAGGGUUUAACUCUUGGUAUCCCCAGAUGCUAGACUUCCAGAAAACUCAGAGAAUCAUCAACAGCCUCGAGUUUAGCCAAAUUGAAGAGCGGCGAAACGCUAUUCUGGAUGCACACAAAAACACUUAUAAAUGGGUCUUUGAUGGCGACGUUGCCAAUUUAAAAUCUUGGCUUACAACGGAAGACGCUUCCAUCUACUGGAUAACUGGAAAUGCCGGCUCUGGAAAGUCAACACUAAUGAAAUACAUCCGCGAACACCCCCGACUAUCUGCUCGACUCAGGACCUGGGCUGGAAGUCGGAAACUUUACGUUGCGUGUCAUUUCUUCUGGAGUGCGGGCACUCCAAUGCAGCAGUCACAAGAAGGGCUACUUCGCACACUGCUUUUUCAAAUUUUGCUCGAAUGCCCGAGUCUAGUUUCUCAGGUAUUCCCGGAACAGUAUAGAAGGCCAUUGCGCCAUUGGGAAGUCUCUAUAGGGCUUAGGUGGACAACUAAGGAGCUUCUUGACGCAUUGAUUUUGCUCCCCUCCAUGAUAAGUCCAGACUGUCUGUUUAUCUUCAUCGACGGCCUAGAUGAAUAUAGCGGGGAGCAUGCCUCACUACUAGAAAUCAUCAAGUCCCUUGGUAAGGUGAGGAAUAUCAAGCUAUGCGUUGCUAGCCGUCCUUGGCUUGAUUUUAUCGACGCUUUCGAAGGAAAUCCCUGGAAAUUAUAUCUACAGGAUCUGACGAUGUCUGACAUUGAGACGUACGUUCGAGAUCAUCUGGAAUCUCAUUCUAGAUUCAAGCAACUGAGCAUCCGGGAUGAGGAUGCCGCCCGGGGCCUUGUAGAUAAAAUUACUACAAGAGCUCAGGGGGUGUUUCUAUGGGUCUAUCUAGUCGUCAAAUCCAUGAUCAGAGGCCUUAUCAAUGCAGACAGCAUGAAAGACCUGCACCGCAGGCUGGAUGACUUGCCUCAACAAUUAGAAGACUUUUUCGACCGAAUACUGGCUUCUAUUGACAAUUUCUACAAAACCCGGACGGCCCGGGUGUUUCUUGUAUUGGCCCAUGCUCGAACUCCUAUGACUCUUAUUUCCUUCUAUUUUCUUGACCACGAAGAAGGACUACCUUUUGAUCCAGAAUCAUUCCUUCUAGAAUGGCCAGCAGUGAACGAGAUGGAGCUGGAAGUGAUAACGACGAAGAAAAGGCAGUUAAUUGCGCAAUGCAAGGACUUGAUACAAAUCAUCGAGCGACCAAAGGAUCCUAUCAUGUUUAACUUCACCGCUAGCUUCCUGCAUCGUACGGUUAUCGACUUUAUCAGUCAGCCGCGUAUCCAUGAAAAUCUCAUCAAGGCUGCUGGAGUAGGUUUCAAUCCCAUAAAGACGCUGUUUGAGACCAAUGCUAGACAAUUCGAAUCCUUAAUCCAUCUACUUCCAAGAGUAUAUCUAAAGCCUUACCUACGAAAUUGGUACCUGGCUUCUAUUUAUUACGCUCGCGAGAUAGAGGUGUCCCUCGGUAUAUCAGAAACACAACAGCUAGAUCAGAUAAACGAAUCACUUAUCAGCUAUUUGGAAACGAGGGGCAUGACAACUUAUUCAUUCAGCGAAGCACUUUCUAAACUCUUUGACGGCUAUAAUAGUUUUGAGAGUAUUCCAUCUUAUAAAUCUUUCCCUGAGCUUGCAGCUCAUUGUGGGUUGCGCCUCUAUGUUAGCGAUAAAAACCAGAGAGCGGAGAUUUUGCUCCUGUCACUUAAGCCGACGUUAUGUAUUGAACAAACCUCAGGCUUUGUAAUCGGUCGAGUCCCUGAUGAGUUACAAUCACGACCGCGCCUAACCACCAUUCCCGGUAGACAACCCUACAGCAACACUUUCCACAUGUUUACUGCAAUAGAAGAAGAAUUGUAUUACUACCAACGGAACUUGGUACCGCCGAUAGAGCCAGUAAGAGUACGGAUGAGACGGACAUCUGAGCUAUCAGAACAUAGAAUGACGCCAGUUUCCGUGCCGCAGAAAGAAUCAAAGACAAGGGUGUUAAAACGGCUAUUGCUAAGGCUACGACGCUAAACGAGAGACUCCACGUACAUCUCCUUACUGGCUACGUAUUGCUCUUGUCUUUAUCCUUAGUGUAUCGACCUUUGCGUACAUAGUAUAACUAGCUUGAAGAUUAUUCAUGCUUUCAAGUAUAAUAGCAAGUGUCCCGGAGUUAGUAUCCUUCUUCACACUGUUCCUUGAAGGGCUUUGGAUUUCAUUAAUACCAAGGCAUAUAGCGGCUAAUAUAUGUUAGUAUAUGUGGCGGAUUUAUCUAAUUUACAGCGUUUGUAUUCCAACACGUUCAGCAGCAUGGGGCAUUUCUAGAACACAAGUUUAGUAUGGUUGUUUAACAUCAUAGGCCAUGUUUAGUCGCACAAAGGUUAUCAGACCGUCUCUAGGCCAUACCUCGGUAGUCUUCUAUAUUACAUAGGCAACAUAAAUCUAUCGGUCCCUACAUAUUUAAAUAUUAAUACUAAGCCUAAUUUAACAUUUGUAA